AAAGAAGCAAGACAAAUGAUGACAGGAAAAAUGACACACACAAAUGAGGUUCCUCCUCACUCCACACCUAGUAUCUUUGAAGCUAACAGUCUCAUCACAAGUUAGCAUCAGUGUAGGACCAGCAGCAGCUGGGGACAACAGGGAAGGGGGAUCUCUCAGACAGAAUGUCAUUCUUAACUAGGGCAGGGGAAGCACUAGAACUUGGAAGGCAGAAUUCAGAGUUCCUAUGUACCCCAUAUUUCAAGACGUCAUCUUCCAAAAGGAGGGUGCUAGGGAUGAACUGAACCGAAAACCCACAGUAGGAUUGUCUCUUGAUCUUUUUCAGAUCUCAUGAACACUCUGCCCCCACAGAUCGAGGAACUUGUGAAGUGUAAUGGCGUUGGCAUGGGAGGCGUGCUUGGGACACUGAUGGCCACACUGGACAACCUUGACCUGCUCUCACUCUUAGAUCCCACCUCCCUCCUACAAGGGGCAGGCGGUCUUGGCCUAGAUGGUCUCCUAGGCCAAAAAGGCAAUGAGGAGUCCUCAAAGCCCUCUUCAGGGUCCAAGGCCACUGGAGGACUCAACAACCUCCUCCCAGGGGGCAAGGAAGGCCUGGGCAGCUUACUAAACCUCGGUGGAGACAAGGGCUCUGGCAAAGGACUCCUGAAGGGAGAGGGGCUCUCCGAUAUCAAGCAGACUCUGGGUGGCGCGGUUGAAGACGUAGAACAUCUCAAAGAAUCUGUUGAGGCCAAGGUGAAGGAUAUCCUCCCAGAAGACAUCAAAAACUCAUUUUCAGAUCUGCUCAAGAUAAACAUCCAAGAGCUUGUGCUCGAGUAAGUGCUUCCUUGACAAUUCUCUGGGUUUCUGGACAAACAAACUGCUCAUUGGGAACACUUACACUCAGUCUACAGCAACCCCAUGACAGCCACCCUUUCAUAGAGAGACAGACUUACUCCCGCUGGAACUCUGCAAAAUAUGACCAGGAUGUCUUGAGUUUAAACCACUGGGUGGAAAGGGAAGGAAGCUCACGGGUCACAGGACUAGCAGCAUUUAGCUGGUGAGGAACUGGGUGCCUCACACGUACUUCUCAGGAGGGCCAGGCUCUUUCUAUGAAGCAGAACUGAGUCUCUGUCGUCACUCUGCAGUUUCAAGGUCGACGAGGUGAGAGAGGAGAGCACGGACAUAACCAUGGAAGCUGAUGAGAUCCAAGUCCACUCCACAGUCACUGCCACCAUAGGCGGAAAAGGGUGAGCCUGUUUCCACCAUGAUUGCUGGGUCACUGGGGAUUAGGAUAUAUGCACCCUAUCCUAGAGCCAGAUAACAAGGACUCAGAGACAGAGAAAGGAGGAUCAGCUAUUUCAAGCAAGUCUGGCUUACACAGUGAGACCCUGACUCAGAAAAAAAAAUUACACAGAUGGAUAGACACAUACAUAUAAACAUAUAUAAAUCAUAGGUACAUACAUAGUUUCAUAGAUAGAAACAUACAUAGAUACAUAGAAAAACAGACAGAUAGAUGACAGAUGGACAGACAGACAGAUGAUAGAUAACCUGCCUUGUCCAAAGCUUCUUAUGUUAAGAAGCCAAGCAUUUCUCCUGAUAGACUUCUUUUACGUAUUUCCACAAAAACUCAAAAAAAGGCCUAAAUGCUAGACUUGGAAGUGAACUUAUGGC